CAUUCGCUACAUGUUGAUUAUCGAUUAGCGCCAGGAGAGUCACGAAAGUUCUCGACGCGGGAAGUUCGCCUAUAUAAACGCCAGCGUCAGCUGAGGCAUUGUUGAUUGUAUGGUAUUCCGCUCGCUACUGUUAUCGUCGAGUUACGCAGGUUAAUUUGUUGCCUUUUAUUCAAAGCAGUUGUCGUUGCUUCGAAGAGAAAAGAUGGCGACUUUACCUUUGGUUGUCAGACUCCUUGAAGAGCUAAACCAGCCAGCUUCCCUAUUCGAUCAGAAUUUCGGUCUGGGAAUGAUUGCUGACGAUCUCGUAGCUCCUCGUAUUACUUCUGUACCAUUGCUAUCGGGCUAUUAUAGACCUUGGCGUCAUCAGCCUACUAGCCGAAGUGGUACUUCCAACAUCAAAAACAAGAAGGAAGGGUUUGAGGUCAGUCUUGAUGUACAGCAAUUUAAACCUGACGAGAUAUCUGUUAAGAUGAUGGAUGACUUCAUUGUUGUUGAGGGAAAACAUGAUGAGCGAAAGGAUGAACAUGGUUAUAUUUCUCGUCAGUUUACCCGGCGUUAUAAGUUACCAGAUGAUGUAGAGCUUGAGCAAGUGGUUUCAAAACUGUCAUCUGAUGGUGUGCUUACAAUAACGGCACCAAAGAAGGCAUUGCCACCUUCAGAGUCAAAGGAGCGUAUUGUUCCCAUUGUACACACAAAUAAACCAGCUGUUGCACAGAGUGCACCUCCCAAGGAAGCUGGAGAUAACGAGAAACAGGAAAAUAUGGAGCAAUAAUUUGUGUCAAUACAGGACAUAAAAUUACUCGGUUUUUUGAAGUUUCUUGCUUAAUAUUCAUUAUCAAAUAAUUUUUGAUUUUUGUGCAGCAUAGCUGCUUGUGUUUAAGACUGAUUUGUAGUUAAGGGCAAAUGCUUAUGUUAAGACUGAUAUGUAGUUAAAUUAUAAU